AUGGGCUCCAAAUUUGUGCAAUUUGUUUGCCUAGUGUUCUUGCUAGUAUCCAUUGUCAAAGUUGGAGCUCAGCAAGCAGUUUUUGAUGUGAUGAAUCACGGCGGCGUUACGGAUGGAAAAACUGAUAACAGCAAGGUUUUCACUGAUGUAUGGAAUCAAGCUUGCCAAAACAAUGGAGGUGGUGUGGUCUUAUUUCCAACCGGGACAUACUUUGUGGAACCAGUGGUUUUGUAUGGGGGAUGCAAGGGACCAAUUGGGGUGCAGAUAGAGGGGACCCUACUGGCUCCCGAGGAGCUGGAAUCUUCGGUUGAUAUCGACCAUUGGAUCGCCUUCCAAUACGUUGAUAACUUGGUAAUCAAUGGUGGUGGUUCACUUGAUGGACAAGGACCCUCUGCUUGGCCCUUCAACGACUGCUUGAAAAAUCCACAAUGCAAGCGACUUCCUACUUCACUGCGAUUGGAUUUCGUCACUAAUGCAAGCAUAGAUCGCAUAACAUCGAUCAACAGCAAGAACGUGCACAUCAACAUUUUCGCAUCCCAAAACAUAACAAUUAGCAACAUCAAGAUAUCAGCUCCCGGCGACAGCCCCAACACCGACGGCAUCCACCUUGGUUCAUCACACAAUAUCCAGAUCUUGGACUCGGUGAUCGCCACUGGCGACGAUUGCAUAUCCUUUAGCACCGGAACAAACAACGUGAACAUUAGCGGCGUUCGCUGUGGACCGGGCCACGGAAUCAGCAUUGGAAGCCUUGGCAAGGUUGAUGGUGACGAUGUUUCAUUCGUGGACAUAAGAAACUGCAGUUUCGUCGGCACUCAAAAUGGAGUGAGAGUCAAAACAUGGGCUCCCUCUGAAGCAGGCACAGUUUCACAUCUUAACGUUGAGAACAUUGAAAUGGAUAAUGUCGAAAACCCUAUCAUCAUCGAUCAACAAUAUUGCCCUUCUCGUAGUUGCAAUGCAGAGGAAUUCUCCAAAGUUCAGAUUAAAGAUGUUAAGUUUAAAAACAUUUGGGGAACUUCAAGCACAAAAUAUGUUGUUACUCUCAAAUGUAGCCAAACUUCACCCUGCCAGGAGAUUGAGCUGACGGACAUCAACCUAAAUUACAAUGGUCUUGAAGGAUCGGGUGUAUCAGCAUGCUCAAACGUAGAAGUUGAAGCUUAUGGCCAACAAACACCCCCGGCUUGCACAGAAAAGAUAAUGAUGUAA